GUAAAGGCCCAGGCUCAUAGCCAAAAAAUAUAAAGGCUAGUGAGACGAGGCAUCUAGGGGUUAAGAGGCCCAAGUUUAAAUUGCCAAAAUCCGUUUCUUCCAGGUAGCAAAUCAUCCGGGCUCGCCGGGACAGCAGGUCACGACGGUCGCCGCCUAAAUCCACCGGACGCCACCUUCACUCCUCAUUCUGCGAAUCGCUACUCACCCUUCAAUCUUCACUCUUCCUCAGGAAGGGAAGGUCCUUGGUCAUAGUGCAGUGAGGUGGGCUGAGGAAGUUCUUGUAAACAAUUGGCUGUUUGAUAAGGUUCUGGAACACAGAUUGAACCCGGAACCGGAAAGCCCAAAUCUUCAUAGAAAAUGAGGCGAAGGCCUGGAAUCGGAGGGCUACAGAAUGCAGCCGCGGCUAGGGACCAAUACCGAUUGCUUGGUGAAAAUGUGGCCAAACUGAGAACUGAUCUUAUGAAAGAGCAGCUUGAUACUUUUCGCUCUAUGCUUGAAGACUUUGCUCGUAAACACAAGAAUGAUAUUCGUAAGAAUCCUGCAUUCAGAUCACAAUUUCAUGAGAUGUGUGCUAAAGUAGGAGUUGAUCCUCUUGCCUCAAACAAGGGUUUCUGGGCAGAACUCCUAGGAAUUGGUGACUUUUACUAUGAAAUUGGGGUACAAAUUAUUGACAUUUGUUUGGCUACAAGGCCUCACAAUGGAGGGUUGAUCGGUUUGGAAGAACUAUGUAAAAUUCUUGCUCAAAGAAGAAAGAGUGCUCGUGAGAAUGUGUCUGAGGAUGACUGUUUGCGUGCUAUAAGCAAGCUGAAGGUACUGGGUAAUGGUUUUGAGGUGAUUUCAGUUGGAAAAAGAAAGCUUGUCCGCUCUGUCCCAACUGAAUUAAACAAGGAUCACAAUGAAAUUCUAGAGUUGGCCCAGGCUCAAGGCUUUGUGACAGUUGAAGAGGUACAAAGGCGGUUGAACUGGUCCCUCGGCCGUGCUACUGAUGCUCUUGAGACACUGUUAGAGGAAGGUCUUGUUAUGAUUGAUGAUGGACACUGUGAUGGCAGACGACGAUAUUGGUUUCCGUGUGUAUCUUCCAUUUCUACCUUUUUAGGAACUGAUUCAGCUUCAGGAACAAUGCACUUGUGAGUUGUGAUAUGUGUGUUUUUUCAUAUAUAUAAAAUAUACUCAAUUACUCAUGUCCAUAGAAUAAUGAGUGAAAACUCUGUUAACCCCAGUCUUCCUCCAUCCAGCAAGUAUGUACUACUACUAGGUGUGUGCUAGAAUAAUAUGAAUUUGGCAGUUUCAGAACGUGUGAUCUUACAAUUUGUAUUGUUGAUUAUUCUCUUUGGAGAGAAAAACCGUGUGUGAUUUAUGCUGAAAAUAUAUUUGAUUACAAUACAUUACUGCA